GCGAACGAGAUCCCGCACUCUCCCAGCGGGGCUUCCUCUCGCCGCACCGCCAGCCUGUCUCACCAAAGAUGGCGAUUUGCUGAGUGCUCAUGGAGACGCACAUUUGGCGGCUAGCUUUUAUCCCGCCCGUAACCUCCACUUUUUAAAACAAAUUAACCGACGCUCAACCCUCGGAAACAACACGCGGUUUCCAACCAUGAAGAUCAUACUCAAAACACUGCAACAGCAGACCAUUCAAAUUGAGAUAGACGCCGAACAAACGGUAAAAGCCUUAAAAGAGAAGAUAGAAGCGGAGAGGGGAAAAGACAACUUUCCCGUGUCUGGACAGAAGCUGAUAUAUGCUGGGAAGAUUCUUCAAGAUGACACGCAAAUUAAGGACUAUAAAAUUGAUGAGAAGAAUUUUGUCGUGGUGAUGGUGUCCAAGGUUAAGCCUGCAGCUGCGGCCGCGGAGCCUCUUGCUUCGGAAGCCCCCAAACUCCCUGCCCAGGAUGCUGGUUCAACGUCAACAUCUGUCCCGGCCUCAACCCCACCAUCAGCUCCAGCCUCGACUCCCGCAGCUAUCCUCACACCUCCCGAGGAGACCAAGGAGGAGCCAAGUCCUACAGCAACAGAAACCCAACAACCAGCCAGUUCCAGUGGAGGUGGCCAGGGUUUGGACGCAUCAUCUGCAUUAGUGACUGGAGCAGAGUAUGAAGCAAUGUUAACCGAGAUCAUGUCUAUGGGUUAUGAGAGGGAGAGAGUGGUAGCAGCACUACGGGCCAGCUUCAACAACCCUCAUAGAGCUGUGGAGUACCUUCUUACUGGUCUACCUAGCAGUCCGAUCCAAGAGACGAACCCUCCUGCGUCCACUCCAGCGUCUGGACCCACUGAAGCUCCGUCUCUAGCAGAAGGAGAGAACCCACUUGCAUUCCUGCGGACCCAGCCCCAGUUUCUUCACAUGAGACAGGCCAUCCAGCAGAACCCAACCCUGCUUCCAGCUCUUCUGCAGCAGCUCGGCAGGGAGAACCCUCAACUCUUGCAGCAAAUCAGUCAGCACCAGGAGCUGUUUAUCCAGAUGUUGAACGAGCCAGUGGGCGAAGGCGGCGAGGCCCCAGAGGUGGGAGACAUUGGGGCUGCGGGCGAGGAGGGCGCGCCUGUCAACUAUAUCCAAGUCACACCUCAAGAGAAAGAAGCCAUCGAGAGGCUAAAAGCGCUGGGCUUCCCCGAGGCCUUGGUCAUCCAGGCCUACUUUGCCUGCGAAAAGAACGAGAACCUGGCCGCCAAUUUCCUCCUCAACCAGGGCCUGGAAGACGACUGAAGAAGCCGAAGCCCACCGCCGUCCUGCUCCCGCCCUCCCCCCUUCAAAGACUGGACCCCCAAUUCACUGUACAGCCACCAACCUCAGCUCCACCCAACAAAAAGGGGGAGAGCCGGAAGGGGGGAGGGGUUGGGAUAGGACGGGGUCAGCUUAUGACGAUUUAAAGAAGAAAAAAAACGAGGCAAAUUUGUGCAGGAAGGUCAUGAUAAGUUAGCUCAUGGAAGGUAAAAAGUGGAAAAAUGGUUGAAUCCACGUGAAUUCCAAUGGAAUGUGUGGUCUUUGUUUGAUUUUAGAUGCGCUUGGUGAACACUAAAGGGGGGCUGAAGUUGCUGCGCUUGUUGUGUGCGUGCAGAUGUGAUACAGUUCCAAAACAAAACUACGUAAUCAGUUUGCAUGGUCUAAGUUUGUUAAUGCUGUAGCAACAUGUUGGGAAGUGGGCGGGAUGAACAGGCAACAUUUGGGCUUCCCUUCUUCCUCACCUUUUCUCUGUCCGCAAAGGCAGCAGCCAAUCACAAUCUUUUUUCUUUUCCUGUAACUUCAAAUCCCUCAAAAUGAACUUGUUAGCUCCGCUCGUAGCUUUUGACGUCAUACAUUGCCCAGAAAACCUCUUGUGCAGAUUACAAACUUUACUUUUGUUCAAAAAUCAAGUUGCUGCUUAUAAGUAAAAAAGCAAAACAAAAGAGAACAGAUCUUCUGGUCCAAAAGCUCAAGUCGCUCAAUUUUAGGUAUUUUAUACAUUUUAGUUGUGGACUCUCCACUAUAUUCUUAUUUUUGCACGCGCUGCUUGUGCAAGACAACAAACACAAUGAUUCCAGUUGCCUCCAUUCAACCUUGAUGGACAUAAACAUGUGAAUAUUAAAAUAUAGUCAAUUCACUACACACAGAAAGGAACUCCUAAGAAUUUAUUUGAUUUAAAAUUUGGAGGAUUAGGUCUUAGUGACAAAAAACAAUUAGCGGAAAAGGUUCAACUGGUGUCAAACUAAUUGCUCCACAAUGCUAGUUGCCCCCAGGUCACUUCAUUUUACAUGUCUGGAAAUAAUGUUUGUCAAUACGGCAUUUGUUCUUUAUUGAUACAUGUAUUUCCAUUUGGGCAGAAAGAAAUAUGUGUCCAAAUGCAGUUUGAAAUUCAAUAUUUGAUACACCAAACUAUUUUAGGAUUAUUUUUGUCAUUGAAAUCCUUUUCAAAUAAAAAUGUUAUAAACGCGUUCGAAAUAGCUGAUCACCAGCAAGUUUUUAAUCAGUUGGUUUGGUAAUCAAAGGGGCAAUUAUGUACCGUAUUUUCCGGACUAUAGAGCUGCACCCAUUCAAUAUCAGAAAAAUAAAAAAGUUUUCCAUAAGUUAGCUGCACCGGACUAUAAGCCGCAGAUAUAUACAUACAUUGUGCAAGGAGUUAUUUACACAGACAGAUUUUGUAAAUGUUUACGUAAAACUGCUGAGCAAAAACAAACAGAAGUCAUUGUCACGGACCCACUAGCUGCGGAAGCUAACUCCAAUCGGCUAAACAGACUUAACAAAUGUUUUAGUGAAUUUUCGAAACUCAAAAAUACAAAAAGAAGUGCUAUUGUAAGUUCAAAUGAUUACCAAAGACACUUGUAAACGUGUUAGCGUAUUAGUUAAUGCUAACGACACUAACUUGCUUACGAUAGUACGUACAAAUAUGCAUGAAAACACUCCUACAGUCAUCACACAUGGGAUGGUUUAGUAAGUAAUAAUUGUUUUAGUUAUAUUGUAGAACUUACAAAUGUUGCUAGGAGUGAUAAAUGAAGAAUUCAUACGAGUAAAAACGCAAAGUACGGACCAGGACUUCUACUUCUGGUUGAAGGCACAAUGUAAACAGCACAGCCUGCAGUGAGCAAACUUGUCCAAAAACAACAACAUACCUUUUCUGUGUAUUUGCUUUGUUUAGUUUUUUAAAACUUUUUGCAUUUUUACUGUCAGCGGAGAAAAAACAAAAAAUUACCCGCACCGUAUUAUAAGACGCAAGGUUCAAAGUGUAGUAAAAAAUAAAGGCUUAUAGUCUGGAAUUUACGGUCGUAAUAUGAAAAUGAAUUUGACGCCCCUGCUUGAAACUAAAUCAACCUUCGCAUAAGAUUUUAAAUGAUUAAGAUACAUCUGUAGUUUACGUGUGACCCAGGCAACUUUUUCAAGGUUACAGUAAUCAAACCCCCGACCCUCCCUUCCUAAAAAAAUCUUUUAUCAACUCGCAGUUUUUUUGAGAUCAAUGUUAAAACACAUUUUCUUAUUAUUUUUGAAAAAGGUGGAUACAUUUGGAACUUCAACUAUGGCUAAGCUAUUUACAAAACAAUCUCCUGCAUCAUACUGUACUUUCCAGCAGGAAAGGUUCUUCUUGGUACUCUGACACCUUUCAUGCUGUUUGUGAAAGGGGGGAUGAGUGCUCUUGUUGGACAAAGAUGAGGACGGUUUGUGCUUGACUGUCUUUACAGCAUCAACAUGAUCUUGGACUAUGCUUCUAUGCUACAUUAAAUAUCAACAGUCUUUCA